UCCAUAUUUAACUCUCAUGACAUGUCACUUAAAAGUAUAAAUUUAUGAUAAGCUAUUAAUUACUUCGUUCAGUGUAGAGUUCAAAUAGACCAACAUUUGUUUACACUGUGCUUUAGUGACCAUGAUUCUUUGUGAUUAGGCCUAAUUUGUUUGCAGUAAUGGAACAACUAUUAUUGGCAAGUGCUAGGGAUGAUAGGUCUAUUCAUCUGGCCAACCUUUCGCUUGAAAAUGAAGUGGAUAGCAGCAAGGAUAGUAAAAUAUUAAUUUCUCCUUCCCUGAAGCACGUUGUUACUUGGAGUCUAAAGAAUUAUUAUUUAUUCAUUUACUAUGUAUCAAAGGAGUUGGAUACUAGCAAUAAAGAGGGUUGUAAACUUAUCACAGUGUGGAAAGAAAAAUUGGCUGAUACGCUAAGUGUUUGUUUUUCAAAUGAUGCCAAAUACCUGGGUGUAUUCAUCAAGUCAAAACAUCAAAAAGUUGUCAUUUACAAUUUAGCUGAGCAAACAGUCGUCAAGAGAAAUGAAGUCCAAUUGGCAGACAUUGUACAGCCUGGCAACCUUUCUCGAGCAAAUGCAGAUAUUUGGGGUUCUGCAGUUGCCACCAAAGAAGAAGAGAUGUUGGUUUACGUCAAUAGAAACAAUAUAGUUAUAUACACUUCACACUCUCUUCAAAGCUUCAAUGUGAUACAUAAUUCUGAAUGUGUCCAAAACUAUUUAGUCAAUUUGGAUAGCAAUACCAAUUUAUAUUAUUCAAAUUCACACUCUUUCUACUAUCUCAACAACACAGGAAUACUUUACAUUUAUCAACUUCUUGAUGGAAGCUUGACUGGUAUUUUUGAUGUCAACAGAGUUUUGCCAAAAAAUCUUAAUUUUUCCAACAUUUACGUCAAUACCUUUGGCGACAGACUUGCUGUAGUGAGCGAACACAACAAAAUAUACAUCUUGGAUAUUUCUAAUGCAAAAGUGCCUCAAUCUUUUUCUUCUCAUCAACCGUACAGUGCCAAAGAAAGUAGUAGCAGUGUCUCAUCGUUCAAAACUUCAGUCAGCAAAAUAUCUUCCAGAAUGGACUCAAUAAAAAGAGAAACGGCAGCGAGAAAAAUAUCUUCAAUAGCAAACGCCACGUCAGCAAUGUCUAAUUGGGCCUCAUAUCUGGAGAGACUCAGAAACGCAAAUACACAAGAUGGCACUGAGGAGGAAUGUACCACUUUCAUCUGUAUAUCUGACAUUACAAAUAAUUUCACCAUUCUAAGUGUCCACUUUCAUCAAGAGAGUCUUGGAGUCUGGACUAUUUCUAAAGAUGAAGGCUAUGAAGGAUUUUAUAGAGUAUACGAUGUUCACACUGGAAGGCUGGAGAGUGCCGAUAUACUGGCUCCUGAUACUCAGAUUGUAUACUGUGACUCUCCUGAUGUCAGUGUGGAUUUUCUGCUUCAUGAUGCAAAACUCAGCCUGCCUCUCGGUUUGGUCUCCAGAGAAACCAUAGUUGAGAAGAUGGGUGUGGAAGAUAGUGGGAGUGCUGAAGGAGUAAAGGAUACAAAAACAACACAUCUGUCCAUGUUACAAGAUGCACUGAUCAGUCAAGAAGUGGACAAAGUCAGGGUGGCUCUGAACUUGCACACACAAGAUUUCAGAUCUAAACUGAGCAAAGAUUCAAAUUCAGACGAGUUGGUUGCCUCCACAAAACAGCUGUUUGAAACCAUCAUAUUAGCUGAGGAAUUGAGUAAGCAGGUUUGCCGCCUAGCGGUGAUACACGCCAACACACUGCUGUCUCUCCUACCAUCGCCUACACCUCAAGACCCGUUGUUGAUUGAGAUCCUCAACUACAUCGCAUUGCUGAGAAGGAAAGACUUGACGGUUUCAGUUGAUUUGCCAAACAUCUUUGAAUGGACUCCGUGGCUGCCAUUGUCAGACGGUGAAGUGCUUUUGAAGGGAAUAACCGUCUCUUUGCCUCUUGUACAAUGCUUCUUGGCCAUUCAUCGCGGGUGGACGGAAGAUGAAAUCCGUGGGAAAAGAUUCUACACACUUGUACAGGACGUAGUGACAACACUUUUGAAAGAAAAUAAAUUGGAUCAGGCUUCGAAUCUACUUACAAAAGUGAGUCUGAAUCCAGAAGAGGAGUUUUGCGCUUUGUGUCUGAAAUGUAAAGAUACUGCCCUACGCGACUUUUUAGUGGACAACUUGAGUAGUAGUUUGACUCCAGAAUAUAAAAGUGCUUGGCAGUUCCUUUCGCUUGUGGAGUCCACUUUGUUGGAUCAUGGUGACCUUUUUCCAAGGUUUAUCGACUCUCCCUUAGCAAUAUCUGAUGUCCUCCUUAUCUCUGAAAAAGGCAGGAGUCAAAUUUUAGCGGACUUGUUUUUCACUACAGGCGAUUCCAAGCUCAAAGAUUACUUGGAAAAAGACGUUUGUUGGGAAUACCUUCUGGAGCACAACAAUACAGAUGGAAUCCUAGCUUGGCUCUCCUUGCAGCGUUCAGACACGUUUGAUUGGCCUUUGGAGCUAUUUUCACAAUGGAAAGUGGAUCAGAACAUGGUUGAGCAAGUUUUAUCCGCUGACUGUACUGAGUUAACUAGGCACAUCGUGUUUAAUAAACUUGCAACGUUUGGCAUUUUUCCAUCUACUGACCUACAAAAUCCAAGCUCCCUGAUGCUAAGGAUGGCAAACGCAAACAUAUUCCCGGAUGUGGAAGAGGUCUUGAAUCAAACCACUGCAAAUUUAUCACCACCUCAGUAUCGAAAGAUAAUGUUAGAACAUGCAAUCAACAAAGGUUUGGUUGAAAUUGUUGUGAAGUCAAAUCUGGAUGAGAUUAGCAUAGAUGAUAAUAAUUGCCCAGACUGGCUGAAACUGUUCAAAGCUCACAGAUUAGCUGGCAAGACGAUGGACAACACAGAUAUUUUAGAAGCUGUGGAAUACUCUUGUCGGUAUCUGGCUUCUCAUGAAUCACUGGAUUUAACAAGCUACCUUAAGCAGCAUCCGUUGGUCGCAGUAGUGUUGGAUCUUUUGAAAAAUAAGAACAUUUGCGAGCUACAUUCCCAUGUCUCCCCACUGCUAGCCGCUGCGUUGCCUGUUGAACCACCGACGCAAGACAUUGACCUGUACUCUGUCCUGUCUCACACUGUACCCUUCCACACGGACAACAUCUUCAAACAUCAACUCUCCAAGGAAAAAAACACUCCUCUACCAGACUUUACCAACGAAAAACUGAAUUCACGCCAUGGAACCAGGUUUUCCCUCGGCUUCAAAGAGUUUCUGAAGCAAGGAAGACCGGCCAGCGCCUUGUCCUUCUUCAUGCAGAAAGAAAGAGGAUCUGACAAGAAGAAGGCAGCUGCUAGAUUGGCUCACGGACUGGCUCUAUGUCACGCUGAAGACACGGUAGUUACCAGCGCUUGUGUGGCGUUUGUGGAACUCCUUGGUAAAAACCCAAAGCCUUUGCGAGCUCACAUUGGUGUUGCUAGAGAGCUCAUCGGACAUCUCAGCAAGAAGACUCUCAAAGAGCACCUGUUCAACUUGGUGCAAUGCAGGCCAGGCACAGCCGCACUACUACUGACAGAACUAGAGACCAGGUUGAUGGCCAAGUGGAGAACCACCAGUCCCGGUAUAGUGACGUGUCUGCAAGACUUCCACUUGGCUGUCAGGUUCUCUGUGUGUCAUCAGCUACCCCCUCCCUCCUCCCUGCUACGCUACAGUCUGGAGACUGGCAACUGGCUGCUGUUCAUACUGACUGCUCAGGUCUUCCAGUACCCGCUAGAUCAGGUGCAAAAGGUCUGCUCAAUGAAUGGCAACUAUGUGAUUAGUGAACAUCUGUACCACUCACUGCACAAUCAAUCAGAGGAUGAAGAGAGCAAGAGUUUUGAGUCUGACACCAACUUGUUCGCGUGUCUGGCGCAGUUUGGCAAUGAUGCAGCCAAGAUGUUCAUUCUAAGUAGACUACACAAUAGCCCUGCAUUGGCAUUGCUUGCUUCGACACUACAGCCUCGCCCAGUAGAGGUAGGCCUGUGUUGGUGGUUGGUCGCCGCACUGCCCUCAGAGGCGACUCCACAACAUCUAGAUGCUCCAUGGACACCUGACAGAGUAACCCAGCUGAUAGAAAUUGUCAUCAAGCUGGGAUACAUACGCACACUCGCACACGCCUUUGCUAUAUUUCAACCGGCCAAUCCAUUAUGUGCUCUGUCAAAUUUCCUGGUAAACAGUGUGCUGGAACACAAGUUCAAAGAAAGUGUUUUGAACUUGAAACUCUUCAUGGCAGUAUUCUCUAGCCUUACCAACGAGGCUCAUCCAGAAUCAACAUUUCUGUUGACCAAGAGUUGGGUGAGUGUCUGUGCCUACCGUGUCGUCUGCAAUGCUCUCGCAUGUUGCUUCCCCUCCGGCUACCUCAGACACUGCUUCCUGCAGACCCUGUGUCAAGUGCAGUUCUCUGAAACUUUGCUAGCUGACCAGUCACUGCCGCUGUAUCUUCGGCUGUCCGAGUGUCUGUUGUCCACUCAACUACAGCUGGACUGGCGUCGUCUGUGUCUAGACGAGGAUUUGUCCCAGCUGGCACAGAUGUUGCACAGUCUGACAGACCAACACAUGUUCGACACAGCGUUCAAGUUUGCUCUCAUCGCUGGCCUGCCUUGCGACAAUGUGCUCGUCACUCAGUGGUCUGUCUUAGCAUCUUCUACAGAACCUAAAGAACGGGAAUUUUGGAAAAGAUGUGAAGCAGCUUUUCAACAGGCAAGCAUUGAUCCAGAGAUCGCUGUCAAUUUUUAUCAAAGACAAGCAGCUAACUCAGAUGACUUGCAGGAGAGAUAUUUGCUUCUCAAGUUUGCCCUGGACUGGAUGCUGAAGACCACCACAGAGUCUGACAUAGUCACCCAGCUACAAACAGAGUUGUACACUACUUGCCUACAAGAUAAAUUCAAAACUGAGGUAAUCACAGAGGGUGUUACACCAGUAUCAUUGAGGUGUCUGUCACAUCACCUGGUCACAUCACAUGUACAGUCCGCACCAAAACUGACCAGCAGCCAGUGUCAUCAGCUGGACUCUAUCAUCCACCAAUUGCUGGUUGUUGGAGACAUCAAAACUGCAUUUGUGCUCCAGUCCAUCUUCAAUCAUGUUAAUCAGGAUUGUGAGUUGCUGUUGGCCUGUAUGAGGUUGGCUGAGAGAGUCACGUCUGUCAGCCAGCUGCCCUCCAGAAUACAGGAGUAUCUAGCUGAUGAAACUAUGCGAAAACCCAAGAUGACUUUGACCUCGCCUAUGCCAAAGAUGCGUUCUAAGAACAACCUGUUACUUAGUGACAACCAGAGUGUGUUGAACACACUGUACGCUCUACAGGCCAACCAGACUUGUACUACGGCCCUCUUUUCCAACAUCAUCAAUGCAUUCAAAGUCUCCUUGGCUCUGAGCUGUGAUUAUAAGGAGAUUAUUCUAGACAGUGAGCCCCUCGGCAGGUUGAAGGUGGAACAUGACUUUGAGGUAGCUUCUGGUCUGCUGAACCUGGCCGGCCUGACACGGUAUGAGGGAACUCAGUACGUUUGUUCUCAGAUAGUGAACGUGUUAACCACAGAUCCAGAGGACGUCAGGUACAUGUUGUGGGGUUGUGACCUGGACGCAGAGUUCUCGUGUAUACUGGAGCUCAGUGGCUCUGCUCUACUGUUGGGCAACUUGCUGCUGGCCUCUGAUCCUCUGGCAUUCUCUCACCCCUCCACCUACAGACAAGGUGUAGAGUUGCUGGUGUUGGCACACAACUGCUUCACCAAGGUGUGUCAUAUGGAAGGCAUCUCCUCUGUACUCAACCUGUCUCACUCUCUCACCAGUAGACUGCUCAACUGUAACCAGUGGCCUCUGAUGGUACGCUUGCUGACUGGAAUCAGCCGAUACACUGAAAUGAGCUACAUAUUCCAGAUAUUGAAAGACAAUGAUCAGUUUGAGUACUUGUUGGGAAAAGGUUUGGAUAAGCAUCCCCAACUGAUGGCUGCCACAUUGGAGUUUGUACGUCACGACAAAGAGUUGUUCUCGCUGGUGGCUCAUCAUUUCAGCAUGUACAGUGACCUAGCUUCUCUCUAUGAAGAGGAAGCUAGAGCUGAACUGUCCAAAGUUGAGAUCAGUGAGGCAGGAGUCGCAGUGAACAGCCACAACAAGACUUGCUUACAAACUGUCAUGUCCAAGUACAGUGAUGCAACAGAGCACUACAUGCAGGCCAAGAAGAUGAAGUGUGGGGUGGUCAGUGUGCAGCAGGCUGAGCUGAUAGCAGUCCAGUUGUCUCUCCUCAACAACACUACAGAGUCUCACGUACCUCGUAUAAUCAACCUGACACAAGAACAGGCAGUCAACCUGGUCAAUACUGUCUUGAGUUGUGAGCAGGCGCACAUUGUGGCCAGUGCGUACAACAUCCCUGUAGACUGGAGUGCAGCUCUCUACCACAACUGUGUAGUGAAGGGAGAUUCUACCUACCUUAACACCUGGACCAGACACCACGAGCUCACCAAGACUGUCGUACAAGACGUGGUCAGGAGAUAUCACGGUGAGAAAGAUUUGGAGACAAACAUGAGAUGGUUUGUGUCGUCUGUGAGUCUCCUGGACGUCAAGUACAGAGUGGCCAGUCAGCUGGGCUUCAAGGACAUUCUGCAAAAUCUGCUCAGCAGUCCAGACAUGGCCUACCUCAAGGACACUGUGUGGCAGAGCGGCUUCAAGAGUCAGUUGUUGUAGACUAACUCUCCUUUGAGAAAUGACGUUGUGGUCUUUGAGGUUAAAUUUUGUCACAUCACUAACAUGGUGCACUGACGUUUUUAGCCAGUUUUAAAUUUUCAUCUCUAGAAAAAAAUAGAGUUUUUAUCUCCACUACUAUAGUAGCAGUGCUCUGUUACUACCUUUAUGAUGACUAUCAUUAAUUGAGGAGCUGGUCUAGUGGUUAGAGCGCGGGACUUCGGUUCCUGAGGUCCUGAGUACAAAUCCCGCCAAAUCACCAUUAGAUUUUAUCUAAAUGAUAAUGCCGCAACCCCUAGGUCUAGCCUAAUGCAAAAAACAAUUCCGAGCUCAUGCCUAGCGUCGUAGGACAAAAAAAGAAAUAAGACCAAAAUGUCCAUGAUACUGUUGUGACAUUCACUGUACUCUACCCUGAAGACCACGAUAGUAAUCGAUCGUGACCUUGGAAUUUUCUUUGAGUAAUCUUAAAGUACCUGUAAUUUGUAUCUGAAUUGUUUAUAAUUUAAAUUCAAAAGGGGUUUCAAAUGUAGUAUCUGCAUCAUGCUGAUAUACAUCAAAAAUUAUCACAAUUACUUUUACACCACAUUAAAAAAUUAUUAUUUCUAGUUUUAGUAAAACAAGACUUUCUAUUGUUUUGCUGUUAUAUUUUGUCUUAUCCGCCAAGGAUUAAUCUAAACUUAUUUUUCACUUGAUAAUAAAAUACUGCAUUUAUUUUUGGAAAGCAAUAACUAAGAUUUAUUUCAUAAAAUAUCUGGAAAGUUCACAAGCUCUUAGCAUGAUUUGAAAAAAAAUUGUUCAACAAGUCGCCUACCAGCUUUCACACUCAGAUAAGAAAGGUCUCAUGUCACAUGGUAUUGAAGUUGUUAAUACUUCCUCCUUUGAAAACUUUCAUGGAGUUUAAAAUUGCAAAAUUAAAUCAUAAUUCAGCAAAUAUAGUUAUUUUAUUUUAAUUAUACAAACUGUGAUAUGGGCUGUGCAUGAAAUGUAGUAAAACAAUCUUAGCUUUUAUAUAACUUUGUAAGUAUAAGUUUUAAAGUACUAUAUUAGAGGUGAAAUCACUUAUUACUGUUUUGCCUACCAAAAAACUAUAUUAAAGUAUUUAGCAUACCUAUAUGAAAUUGUUACCUAUAUUUUACUUGUAAAACUCAAUUGUAUAGCUAUAGUAUCUGUAUAUUUAUAA